AUGAACAGCGCGGACAAGGGACGACUAAUUGCAGUGUUGGGUUUUGCCCUGCUCCUCCACUCUGCCUACUCGGCCACUCAAUAUCGCAACUACUUGCGAAUCAUGGAGACACCGACCGGGUCACUUCCUCUGGACAUUACGUUUGAGUGCGUGGCAUCGGUGGUGCUGUGUGCAUACGGUUCUCUCUUGUGGGCGGGCACCCUCUUGCCCAUCCGCCUCUCUGCCUCGCUCAUGCACCGGACGUUUGAUGCUGCUCACUCGCGAACCGAGUUCCAGACCUUCAACCACCGGCACAAGUGGGCGUGUUGA